AUUCAUGGAUGGCAGUUAUCUCGUUCAUAUCGGCUUGGACGGCCUGCAACGCGUAAGAGGAAAUAAUUCACCGCUAGGACCGCAGGACGGAUCGCGCGUUUUCCAGUCGUAAGACAUCGCUCGUGCUUCCGGUUUUUUCGUCAUAUAUAUUUAUGCGACUAUUCGCAUUCGACCGGAUCGGUCGAGUCGAUUGGAGCGUGAGUAAAAUACAACUUAUACAACACGCAACAUUUAGCAGAUCUCGACCAACCUUCAACCUUGACGCAGUCGCGCGAGUUCGCAGGACUCGGGAGUUACGCGCACACACACACACACGAUCGUGGCUCGCAUCGACGUUGUCGAGGGUCGCCGAGGGAUCCGAUCAGGCCCGUCUCGUCUCGCCGCCCUCGCCGGGGAAGUCGAUGCUUGGCUAGACGAGGAGACGCAGCAUGGAAAGCGCGGAGCAGCCGAGCAGUAACGAGCAGAAACCGAAAGACAGGUUAGUCGGCCUGCUGGAUCACAUUGAGACGCACGUCGAACAAUUGCGGAAGGAUGCCGCUAGGCUCAUGGAGGAGAAGGACGGUCUGCUGACGACGUUGGACACCCUCAGGAAUAACGACAUCCUGUAUACCCUCGAGGAACCUGAUAGGGACGAUAUCUUGAGGUAUGCCGAUAGAUUGUCCAUGCGAUGUUCCACUGUAGAUGUGUUGGUCACAGUCCAGCGAGAUCAUGUUCAGGAAGAAGCGUUACAUCAGGUUAACGGCCUGAUUGACAGCUUGGUCAUAGGUUUGCGGCAGGACCCAAACGGCACUCGGCAGCGAUGCGCGGAAUUCAUGAACGCGUGCUCCUCGCACAGCAUAGGACAUUCCGACAAAAUCUUCGAGACUGCUAUUCUUGGAUGCACGUUGGACGAUCAAAAGCGUGUCAAGAAGAGACUACAGGGAUUGCUUGAUUAUAUCGAUAAGAUGCACAUCUUGGAGAUGACGCAGUAAAUAACACCAACAGAUUGUUCAGCCGAUUUAAAUCUGCCUCAUUUUCCAUACGAGUAUUCGCGAAUGGCGAGGAUUUUCUCUACGGUCUAGCGCUGUGUAGCGAAUUCAGAGACACUUGAGAGAGAGAUGCAUUCUUUGCGCCUUUUCUGCACGGCUAAGUCUCCAUUUUUCUUCCACUUAACGAAUAGCUGCUUCGAAUGGAACGCUUAGCUGUGUACAGAAUGCACAAUGAUCGAUUGGAUUUAAUCUUGUAACGAUACUCGAUAUCGAUUCUCGGCGUUUAUGUGAUUCCAUGAAGCAUAUUUUAAGGUAUGUACUUGGCAUUUCGGCGCUUUACAAAAGUAUAAGGAAAAGCGUUUUGAAAAAGCGUUCGAUAACAUUUUCCAAAUCUGUACGUUUUGAAAUAAACAGGAAUUUCUGGAGGAUGUGUACAACCGUAACUGUAAAAUUUUAAAUAUUACGUGAAUAAUGUAACAUUGAAAAUAUAAAGUAAAUGGGCCUCUUUACACUCUCACUCUAAUAGGAUCGUGUAUUUACCUUUGUGAAACAUCAGUGGCUGAUUAAUGUUUCGAGUGUGACGAGAGAACGGUUACAUUAUCUUAUUGUCCAAUAUAAAUUCUCCUGAUUCGAGAUAUUUGAUUAAUUUUUGAAUUUGAAAUCCCUUUUUCUUUAUUUUUCACUUAUCGCGCCUCUUAUCAAGAUUCGCUUAUCAAGGAUUAUUUUAUUUUUAGCAAAAUGUACAGAGAUUUUAUUGUGUUCUGUAAUAUUACAAAUAAGUAAAAAUAUUACAUUAGUUAUUAAGU